AUGUCUUCUUUCUCACCGGCAUCAACGCAACCAGACACUCUGCCAGCACCUCGAAUCCUAAUCACGAACCUCAUCAACUCCCUCACCACAGCCCCUCUCUCACCGCCAGGAGACACCGCCGGCAACAACGCAGGCGACGACGCACCAAACCCCCUCAAAGCCCUCCCGCAAUCCCACCGUCCGCUCCUGGUAACCCUCCACGUCCUCUACCCCUCCCUCGUCCUCCCGGCCCUAGACCUCCUAGACAGGAACCUCGUCACGCGCGUGGUCCCGGAGACGACCCCUCCCUCCGCCGGCCUCGGCCGUGGCCACGGCCACCGGGAAGGGAACAACCCCACCAACCCCGCACCCGCCGCCCGCCAACAUCAACCACCCAGUAUCAAUGCCACCGACAACGCGUCCGAAGCGCUCGUCGCCGAUGGACAGGGGUCACCACCACCCCGCCUCCAACCAGCAAUACACCAAACUCCAGCAGCCGCAUUCCACCUCGUCCGCUCCGUAGCCUCAACAAUGACCCGCAGACACCACGCCGUCCCGACGUCAGCCUCCGCGUCGACGACGUACCUCGUCCACCUCGACGCCUGGAACUGCUCUUGCGCCAACUUUGCGUAUGAAGCGUUUCCGGCGGUCGUCGGUGGUAGCAGCGGCGGCGAGGGACGUAAUGUAGGUUCGGAUCUAGUCAUUAUGGGCGCAGAUGAAGCCGAAGACGAGGGUGACGACGGCGGCGAGACGAGUGACUGGCAGUUUGGAGGCCUGAGUGUGGACGGUAUGGAUGAUGGCGGCGUGCCUUGCUGCAAACACCUGCUCGCCUGUUUGCUCUCCGAGCAAUGGGGGGAUACUUUGGGGAAAUAUGUCACUGAGAGGAGAGUAAGCAGCGAGGAGAUGGCGGGGUUAGUUGCGGAUGUGUAG